AUGAUCGAAGAUAAAGUUUCAGAAGUUCCAGAGUUGUCGAUCCAUGUAGACAAAGCGAUGUCCAGUCGAUUGCAAGUGAUGUUGAGAAGUCCGGGAAGCCAAUUUGCCAUAGAUGAUUGUUCGAAGAAGGAGAUAUGGACCAAUUGGAUGCCAAAGAAGAUCGAUUCGAGAGAUAAGGGUGAAAAGCAGGACAGGGAGUCUCAAUGA